AUGCAGUAUAAGCCAAGUGACGUCGACAAAAUCAUUCGUGAGGCUCAUGAGAAGCAGAGAGAAACUGCCAAAGUAUCGAAAGGUCAGAGUGUAAAGGAUCGAGAGGAAGGGUUCAUCUACGCCGGUCGAUACGGGACGAACCCCGCUCCUCAGCACCACCUCUCCAGCAAGGGAAUCUCAGCAGACGACGCGUACAGACUCAUCCACGACGAACUCGCCCUGGAUGGAUCCACCGUCCUCAACUUUGCUUCCUUCGUGCACACAUGGAUGCCUCCACAAGCCCUCAAACUCGUUCAAGAAAACAUCUCCAAGAACUUGAUUGACGCGGACGAGUAUCCCGCUACUCAGGAGAUACAUAAACGCUGCCUCUCGAUUCUGGCCGACUUGUGGCACGCCCCCUCACCAAAGGAUGCAGUCGGAACCGCUACAACUGGGUCCUCGGAAGCUGUCGAAAUAGGAGGUCUGGCUUUGAAGAAGAGGUGGCAAGAGCGAAUGAAGAAGGCUGGGAAGAACAUCCACGAGCCUGGCCCGAAUAUCGUCAUGGGAGCGAACGCUCAGGUUGCGCUUGAAAAGUUUGCUCGGUACUUCGACGUCGAGUGCCGCCUUGUACCCGUCUCCAAAGAAAGUCGAUACUGCUUGGACACCAAAGCAGCUAUGGACUAUGUCGACGAAAACACCAUCGGGGUAUUCGCCAUUCUCGGAAGCACCUACACAGGGCAUUACGAGGAUGUCAAAGCAAUGUCUGAUCUGCUCGACGAAUAUGAGAAGAAGACUGGCAUCUACGUUCCAAUCCAUGGCAAGUCGCUCGUCAGAACUACGCAUCCGUCGGCAGGCACUGAUCUUCACAUAGUUGACGCUGCGUCAGGAGGGUUUAUCGCUCCUUUCAUAUCCCCUGACCUUCCCUGGGAUUUCCGCCUCCCGCGAGUGGUCUCCAUCAACGCAUCCGGUCACAAAUUCGGCCUCACCUACGUCGGUGUCGGAUGGGUCCUCUUCCGCUCUGAAGAACACCUCCCCAAAGAACUCGUCUUCACUCUAAGCUACCUCGGUUCAACCCAAUACUCUUUCUCCCUCAACUUCUCCCGCCCCGCCUUUCCCAUUAUCGCCCAAUACUUCAACCUCUUACAUCUCGGAUUCGAGGGGUACAGAGCUGUCAUGUUGGACGACCUGAGGAACGCGAGGACGCUGAGUAGGGCAUUGGAGAGAAUUGGAAGUGGAGGGGGAAAGGACGAACAGGGGUGGUUUGAAGUUAUCAGUGAUGUUCAUCGAGCCAAGGGCGUGCAUAGCGGGAAGGGAAUUGAUGAUCCGGAUGUUGAGGCUUAUGAACCCAGCCUCCCGGUCGUGGCUUUCAAAUUCACCGAGAAAUUCAAGGAAGAAUAUCCCGAGAUCGAACAACGAUGGGUUCACAUUAUGUUGCGCGCGAAAGGAUGGAUUAUACCAAACUACGCACUUGCACCGAAUCUUGACAAUGAGGAAAUUCUUCGCGUUGUCGUCAGAGAGUGUGUCACCGAAGUGCUCGUGGACCGUUUGAUCAAGGACAUUGUCGAAAUCAUGAACCAGUUCAUGGAGAGCAAGCCUCAUGGAGACACGCUCCAGAUGAUUGACAUGGCUCACAACAAAGGCGCCAGGCGCGGUGACGAUGGACCGCAGAAAAUGAAGGAAGAAGAUCACAGUUCUGGAACGUAUAAUCACCCAUGCUAA